GAAUUUUCAGUUUUCACUCUAAUAUUUUGUAUGAUAUUGUGUUUGUAAUUCGAUGAAUAACGAUGUUCGCGUUCGUUUGAUAAAUGGUGGAAUAUAUCCGUUGAAUUAAAAGUAAAUUAAAAUACUCCAUUAGUUUUCUAUUAUUCUUUACAAAUAUUAUUCGUCUUAUGAUUUCUAGAAUGCAUUUUUAAAUAUGGACUUUUCUGGCCCAGGUAAAUCCCCAAAUUCUGCAUUAUCGUUCAGAUAUAAUGCAAACAAUGAAGAGCUUGAAGAAUUAUAUCAAGCCUGUGAAUCUGAAAAUGUAUUACCACAAGGAGAUCAACCAUCAAAAAGUGAAACUGCAAGCCCUAAGAAAACAGAAAAGACAUCAUCUAUCAUAGAUAAAUAUUUUAAAUCUAUUAGAUCUGAGAAAUCCAAUGAAAAAGUUGAAGAUAUUAAAUCUGACCCAAAACCAACUGAAGAGAGUAAAAGUUCUACUCCUAAAGAAAUUACUUCCUCACCUAUGAAAGAAUAUUUGAAUCGUCUUGGUAAAAGAAGUACAUCAGAAAGUUCAGAUAUAAAGGAACCUAACGAAACAUGGAAGAUAUUCCAUGAUUUUAAAUUUAAGAUUGCCCAAGCUGUAGAGGACAUGAAAACCAAAUCUGUGGAAGAAACAAAAGAAAAAUCUCUACCAAGGGACAAUUCUACAUCAGACUCUGAGGAAAAUUCUACUACCAAAGACUUAGACCAACAAAGUAUUGGUGAUACUGAUAAUCAGGUGUCCUCACUUGAUAGCAGUAUACAGAAUUUAUCUGAGGUGACUCAACCAAUCACCGCCAAGGUUAUUGAGCAAGAAAAUCGUGAAAAUAACACUAAGAAUCAUUCAGACUCCAGUGAUGAUACACAAAAGAAUCUAAGGUUAAGUGAAACAGAUGUUACUAAGGAUAUUUUGAAUGAUAACAGCAUUGAAGUUGAAUCUGGUAUAGAGGCUCUUGAGGAUACAAUAGACGCAUUUGGCGAUGUUAACAAUGUUGAUAGUCCAUUGAGUAGACCUGUUGACAUGAAAAUUAACCCACCAACGCCAAUUUCCACUCCAGCCAAUUUUGGCCUGCCGCCAAGUAAAAGCAACUUAUCAAAACCGGAAUCACACAAAAAGUCUAAGAGCUACAUUUUUAAUUUCACAUUGUAUUUUUUAACUAUUUUAGUAGUUGUUAAUUAUUUAUUGUUUCCCAAUUGUAAUGUGUGGAAUGGAUUUUUAUUGGGGCUGUGGUUUUUCUGUUUUGUGAGUAAUGUCAAACAAUGGGUGCUAGAUACAUACUUUAGUGAUUGGGAGCCGAGUAGUAGAAACUUUUUCCAAUUGAAAAGAAGCAGUACCAUACCAAUAGCCUACACUAUUCCGUCUGUGAAGGAGCAUACACCGUUGAAAAAGUAUGAGGGCUGGAUAAAUCACUAUAGAUUUCCUGAUUACGACCCCUUUACCUACCACAUAAAUAAAACAACAACUGCCUUUGUGAAACUCGAGGGCUGUAACCUCAGAAUAUCGUAUACGCGUACAAAAAUUGCGAAGAGAGCGCUGUGGGAUGAGAAAAUCGACAAAGUUAAUUUCUAUCAGCACAGAUUAUACAACCUUACCGGUGCUCGAGUCAUUCUCUUACCAAAUGGACUUGUUAAACGACGGCAAUGGAGCAAAAAAUACCCCAUAUGCAUAAUACUGAACGAGAAAGAAAAAAUUCAAGUAUUGGAGAAAGAGAAUUCAAUAGAGAAGAAAGUAGCAGAGUUGGACAAGAAGAGUAAAGAAGCGGCGUUAGAGACUGAAAGUGCCGAGACUAAUACAAGCCCAGAGAGGAAAAAAAAGUUUAUUUGGAGGAGAAGAGAAAAGAGUAUUUCUCAUGAAACCGAACCGGGACGAGAAGGUCUAAGACAUAGAUUAGUCAGGAAAAUGCAUAGAGACAAAAAGACAGAUAGCGUAUCAACCAUAACAGAUCCAGAGACAAGUGAAAAGCUGGAUGAUGGUGAGGAACAAACGACAAAAUCCAUCGCCAGUACAAGGGAAGAUGAUGAUGAUAUAGAUGAUAACGAAUUGUCCAAAAUCAAGGAGUUCCUUGAAGAAACGGAGUCGGAUCCCGUGGCGGAAGGUACUACGGAAGGAGAAUGGAGUGUGCACGUAAAACAAUCGAGAGACAAACAUUCACAUCUGUACCUUUUCGCUAGAACAGGUCGAGACAAACACGAGUGGUAUCGCCGUUUUAUGAUAUCGAUAAGCGAAGCGAGCACGUCAGCGGAUACGUCAUCUAACGAAGACAAAUCUCCGAGUGAGCCCCAAGAAGGGAAAGAUGGGAUUGAAUUAGCUGUUUAUAAGCUUAGUGAAAAAGAUACCGUUGCGUUUGGCAAGGCUAAAACGAUCGAGUCGACAUCAGAUGUAAUUAAUAUAACAUCACCCAUACAUCCUUUACCCGUCAGUUUAGAUUCUUAUGAGAAGACAUUUUGGCCAUAUAUAAUUAAAAUAAUGCAGACGCAUGAAGUUAUCACGAAACAAACCUCAGAUGUCGGCGUUAUGUGUCAAUUAGAGCCUUCGCCCCACGAGCGGAAUAAAAAAAAGAAGAGAAAGGAUUCGCAGCAGUCAACAUCUGAUUGCGAGUGCCGAACGCUUCCUGCGGAAGUGACAUGGGUGAACACAAUGCUGGCUCGCAUCAUGUAUGAUAUGAUGCGAGAUCCCGUACUCAUUGCGAGGCUGCAGAAUAAGAUACAAAGGAAAUUAAAUACGCUUAAGUUGCCAUCAUUUAUGUCACCCCUCCUGGUGACAAAAUUGUCACUGUCGGGCGCCUGUCCGUUAGUCUGUGCCGUGCAACCGCCCACUUGUGACGCACGCGGCGUGUGGCUAGACGCCCACUUGCGGUACGACGGCGGUGCGUACAUCGCCAUACUUACGCAAAUCAACCUUAUGAAACUGAAAGAGAAAAAUAUGACAUUAGAAGAGCAAUUAAUGGAAACUCAAGAGCCGGUUGUCGAAAGAGAGCUGAGUGCAUCUCCCACUCUACGUGCUACUAGCCCUGAGCUGCGGAAACGAAAACCAGCGAUUUACGAUUCGGAAGUGGAGGAUUCAGCCGAGUCUUCGAGUGAUGACGAAACUCCACCUGUACAGCCUGUCGAUAGUGCUGAAAAUAUCGUUUUAGCAGAAUCAGCACCAAGUGUUAACACAACUGAAGGCGGUUCGUCAAAGAAGAAAUUCCUCAGAAUUGUUGACAAAAUAGCUACAAACAAAUAUUUUCAACAGGUAACUGACUACAAGUACGUGAAGCGAGCUAUGGAAGGUCUAUCGAACACUGACAUAAAGCUUCAACUGGAAGUGAGUGGACUCGAAGGUCGUUUGGCUGUGAACCUUCCACCACCACCGCACGACCGAAUAUGGAUCGGGUUCCGUACAAAUCCCCAAUUAGUAUUAAAGGCGCGACCAGCGUUCGGCGCUAGAUCGCUUCGGUUCACCCACAUAACUAACUGGAUUGAACAAAAACUAACUAAGGAGUUUGAGAAAGUGCUAGUUCUACCCAAUAUGGAGGAUUUUAUUAUAGACGUCAUGACUCCAACGCCCGUUGAAUUCGAAUGAAUUUUGCUAUGAUUUAUAUACAUUUGUUUGAAGUUUUGUGUGUCAUGCUCAACCACAAUUUAAUUGGUUUAUAUUAUUAGAAUAAUUAAUCUAAGCUUAUACGAGACGGUAUUGUUACGAGUCGUUAAUAUUAAUAUAGAAACGGGCUGAUUUAGUGUGAAAAUUUGGUGUUUCGUGUUGCAAAAUAUAUGUUUUUAUUUACGAGAGUAUGUAAUGAUUUAGUUGUUGUCUAUGGUGUUUCAAAACGUUUCUCUUAUUGCAUUUGCGCAACAGUAUUUAAUAUUUAAUUGUAUAUAGUAUUAGAUAUGUCACUGUAAAAUUGUAAAUAACGUCACGGAAUUCGUGAUUAUCUACCUUAUUUUUUAUUUGAUAAAACAAAAGAAAGAGAUUUUUUGUAGAUUGCAAUUGUUUUAAAAUAUCGCGAGGUAUUUAUAGUUGUAUAGUGACAGAUGCAUGUAAAUUAUAUUUACGAAAUCCAGAACCAUAUCUACAUACAAAUUAUAUUUAUUAUAUUCGACUAGAGAUAUAGAAUAAAAUUGAUAUUUAUAUGGAAACGAAAGUAUAACUCACGCAUCAAAAGUAUAUGACCCGAUUAGAGCUUCCUUAAUUUAUCGACAAUAAUUCCAAAUUUAUAUCCCUUAUAUUUAAAAAUAUCAAAAAACUUUUCAAGAAUUUCGAGGAGAUAAAAUUAUUAACUUGUAAUAUCAAUCAAAAAAUUUAAGUAGAAAUAUUCUAAAUUUUUCAGAAUCUAUAGAUACUUACACUUAUGGACUAACCAUAUUUUUGUUUUUUUACUUAUUUACUAUUAGUUGUAGUAAGAGAGUGAAAUAUGUAAAUCGUAUGAAAAAGCAUAAAAAUGCCAAUAUGGGGCCGUUGAUGUAUUACGUAAGCACUAUAGGGGCGAAUUCUUUGAUAUUCUUUGUGAUUACAUCAACAGUAAUUAUUUACUUUUUUACACAAAUUGUCUAUGCUUGGAAACAAAAUGCACUAUCGAAGAGCUCUUACUUUUGCUGACAAUAUACUGGAACGGUCCCCAUAUUUUGAAUGAAAACAUUACAUGAAAUCCACCUAAUAUACAGCUGAUAGGUCAAAGUAUAAGCUCAAUGACCUUUCAGAUGCGUGACCCCAACUUUGCAUUCAUUUUUAUAAGAAUGCAAUUUAUAUACAUCAGUAUUUCUGUAGCGAGUUAUUAUAGUAGUAGAUAAUUUUUCUUGCGUUCUGUUUGAUAUUUUGUUUAAUUAAAAAUUCUAGUAUUUUAAUUAAAAUAUUUUUUUAAACAAAUCAAGCAUUCACGUCACGUAUCUUUUCAUGUACGUCACAGUAAAGUAGUUGAAUCAGAGAGUUAAUUGAAUUUCUAGACAGUUAAAGAUCGAUAUUCAAUACUUUACUGCGAUAUAUAUAUCAUAACUAAAAGGUAUUUCUGGUCGCACAAUAAAUUUAACAUUUAGGCCAAAUUUACUUCUUUUUUGUAUAAUGAAUUCAUAAAAAGCUCUUAAGUACUUGUGCGAAAUUGUUAUUGAAAUAUUGAAAAAAUUGCUGACUGAUUGUUGCUUAUAAGCUGUCACAUCGAAUUUAUUUGUUUUUUGUUCCUGUUGCUACGAAAUUAUUGAUUUAAUUACGCAAAUUGUAUAAGGUUUGCAAUAAUUUAAAACUUUAGUGUCAAAAUAAAGUUAAUACCGCUAAGCUAUGCGAUCUAAUUCGUGGGGCAAGAUGUAAACCUUAUUAGCAAUGCCAUAGGGUUCAAAUUAUAUUUGCACUCUCGGGAAGAAUGGGCCUAAUGGGUUCCUUAGUCGUCGUCUUUCGCAUUUGAUGCCUAAUCCCUGUUAUCUUGACAUACGUGAGAUUGCUUUAGUAUUAUGUUAUACGCCUAUUUAUAAUAUUCACCUUUGCCUAAUUGUUUCAUAUACACUAUUAAUACGUAUUGCCUGAUUUUUUUACGAAUGCAAUACGUAACUUUUAAAGUUAAGUGUUUCUAUAAAUUUGUUUUCAAACGAGCCAAAAUAUUCCGAUCCAUUGUAAUUUAUGAGUGACGUUUUAUAUGAAUAUUUUGGAACUCGAAGGAUGAUUUUACGUUUUUUUUUAUUCUGUGAAGUUAUCUAUUUCAUAGUUAUAAAUAUAAUAUUGAAGUUUUUAUGUAAAUAUUUGAAAUUAUAAGUGUUUAUGUGAUAUUAUGUAUAGUUAAGAGUUAAACCGUGCCGAAUAGUUUUUCUAUGUGGUAUCAGUUGUGAUUAUUUUCAAUAAAUAAAAAGCUAU